GGACGUUGGUGGCGGAAGAUGGCUGACAGCGGAUCCGUGACAGCGAGAAGAUGCGACUCUGGCUCACUAUCCGCAGUGAGUAUGGAGACCAUUUCAGGCCUGACGGAGCUAGAGGACCUGGAGAGGGUGUAUCAGCAACUCUGCGAAGAAGAGAAAGAAGUGGAAGCUGAGCUAGACAGACUGGUGGGACAAGAGGGGGCGAUCCACACGAAGAUGUUGACUCUGCAGAGGAUGGGGCCAAACCUUCAGCUGAUUGGAGGAGAUGCUAGUCAGCUGUCAGGCAUGAUCACGUUUACCUGCAGCCUGGCUGAAAACGUCAGCCGCAAAGUCAGACAGCUAGACCUGGCCAAGACACGGCUGUACAACGUUAUCCAGCGUGCUGAUGACAUCCUCGAUCUGAAGUUCUGCACAGAUGGCGUACAGACAGCUUUACGUAACGAAGAUUAUGAACAAGCUGCUGCUCACAUCCAUCGAUACCUCUCUCUGGACCAGUCAGUUAUUGAGCUGAGCAGACAAGGAGAAGAAAGUAGUGCAGUGGAUGCCAGUCUCGUAAUGCUGCAAGAGGCGGAGCAGAAGCUGAAGGUCAUUGUAGCUGAGAAGCUGGACGAAGCUGUUGAUGCAGUCGACUUGGCACAAGUUGAACGCUUCUUCAAGAUCUUCCCUCUGUUGGGCCUCCACCAGCAGGGUUUGGCCCGCUUUGGACAAUACCUCUGCAGUCAGCUUGCAUCAAAGGCAGAGGAAAACCUUCACUUGGCUACAGGAGGAGAACUGGGAGAGAAGCGAGCACCGCUGGUAUUUGCAGAAACUCUGACGCUGCUGCUGGAAGGCAUCGCUCGUGUUGUUGAGACUCAUCAACCUAUCGUAGAGACGUAUUACGGUCCAGGCCAUCUUUACACACUCAUCACUCACCUGCAGCAGGAAUGUGACCGGCAGGCCCAGAAAAUAGUCGACAAGUUUAUCCAGCAGAGAGGAUACCACAAUAUGUUUCAGAUCAUCCAGAGCAGCAUGAUGAAGAGCAUCCCAGGAGACAGGAUCGAGCCAAGGGAGUUGGACCCUGUCCUGGCAGAAGUGACCCUGAUGAACGCCCGUGCCGAGCUCUACUUGCGCUUUCUCCGACGCCGCAUGAUUGCUGACUUUGAAGUUGGGGAUGCUCAGAGUGUCACACAGGAGCAUCAUCAGAAUGUGGAGAAGCUACUGAAACACUGUUUGCUGAGCAGGACGAUGCAAGAGCUGAUUGGCUACUACAUCCCGAUGGAGGAGUACUAUAUGAGAGAGUCAGUCAGUAAGGCUGUUACCAUGGAUACAUAUGAAAAGGGUCAGCUGACGUCCAGCAUGGUUGAUGACUGUUUCUACAUAGUAAAGAAGUGCAUCAGUAGGGCGUUAUCCAGUUCCAGCAUCGACUGCCUUUGUGCUAUGAUCAACCAUGCCAACUCUGUGCUGGAGUCUGACUUCAGGGAGGUGUUAUAUAACAAACUGCGGCAGGGCUUCCCCGCUACGACACUUCAGGACAUCCAGCGUGGUGUGAGCAGUGCGGUCAGUCUGAUGCAGAGCAGCUUACAGCAGGGGAAGUUCAACACGCUGGGCAUUGAGAGCACAGAGAACGCCAAGGCUGCUUUUCUGGUGACCUUGAAUAAUGUUGAGGUGUGCAGUGAGAACAUCACAACCUUAAAGAGGAAUCUGGAGAGCGACUGUUCCAAGUUGUUCAGUCAGGGCACUGGCUCUGGUGACCAAGCAAAGAUAGAAAGCUGUUUGUCAGACCUUGUCAACACAUCUGCCAAGUUCAAGGAUCUCUUACAGGAGGGCCUGACUGAAUUGAACACUACCGCAAUAAAGCCUCAGGUGAAGCCCUGGAUCAGCAGCUUCCUGUCUAUCUCACACAACAUAGAGGAGGAGGAAUUUAACGAUUAUGAAGCUAAUGACCCCUGGGUGCAGCAGCUCAUUGUAAACCUGGAGCAGCUUAUGGCAGAGUUCAAGACGGCUCUAUCUCCGGUCAUCUACGACACUCUGACCAGCCUGAUGACCAGCCUAAUAUCUAUUGAAAUGGAGAAGACCGUCCUGAAAUGCUCCUUCAGCAGGCUCGGAGGGCUGCAGUUUGAUAAAGAGCUUCGGUCUCUGGUGGCGUACCUCACCACUGUGACCACCUGGACCAUCAGGGACAAGUUUGCUCGUCUCACACAAAUGGCCACUAUUCUUAAUCUGGAGAGGGUGACUGAGAUCUUGGACUACUGGGGUCCAAACUCAGGCCCCCUGACAUGGCGGCUGACCCCGGCAGAGGUUCGCCAGGUUCUGGCCCUGCGUAUCGACUUCAGAAGUGAAGAUAUCAAGAGGCUUAGACUGUAACUCAUGUAGCAGAGCACUAGUUUAUCAGUGCUUGCAGUACGUUACUCACCUUCUGAUGCUCUGCACAGGUCAGGCUUAUCCAAAUUUGUGUGGAUGGACAUGGGAAGGAGCUUUGGAUUAUUUUAAGCGUGGAACAAUGAUGAUCUUAGUGGUUUCAGUUUGGUUUCAGACUUCUGCUCUUCACUGUUCUGAUGUCAGUCUGUAUCAGAGAGUUGGCCUGUUUUUUAAAGGCAUGGUUUGUAUGUACAUAUGUUAAACGGUUUAUUUGAAUAAUGUGUUAAAAAUAAUGAUAUUCCCUUUAAAAUGUAAUUAAAGUGUAACUGCGCCACAUGGGAAGCUCCAACCUUUUAACCUGUGCCUGGCUGUGGGAAAUGAGGACACACUGGGACUGAGAGAGGAGCUCUAGGGCUGUCAGUGAAACAGAACAGUAAUGAACAUCAUACCCAUUAAAGUGACAGAAGCAGGUCAGACAGCUGAUCCAGCCUAGUCGUUCAAUAUAUGAAUAGCUCCUCGUCUGUGCUGAUGGAACACUUUUAACCUAAUAAAUUGAGAGCCGCUGUGAAAAA